ACUUUACCCCUUAGGCAACUUUAAGCCUUUGACUCACAUCCCUUCUUGUGGAUAGAUGUUCUCUCGCCCUGCUCUCAGGAGAGUCUUAACGUUCUUUCUGGCUGCUGGAAUCAGGAUCCAGGACAGAGCCCACGUCAGUCGUGCCCCUCCCUUCAGCCACAGGAGUUGGGCUGAUGGGCACCCAGCUUGCAGGUGCAGACCUAUAUAAAACAUUGGGGAUUAAAGUCUGCACAGAAAUCUCAAACCUCUUCUGCUGCAUAAGAUGCUAAGGCGAUAAGCUGCACCUUGCAGAGGCUCUGGGCGAGUCAGACCCGGAGGAGCGCUCAGUCCAGGCCAGCUCUCUCCUCCCUGGCGGCUCCGGGAUGGAUGCGUGUCUGCGCUCAGGACAGCAGUCCCAGUCCCUGGACGAGGCACCGAGACCCCCGGAUGAGGAGGGUCUACAGACAGACGGCAGCAGCGAACCCCCGGGAGAUUCUAACAAGAUAGAACCAUCGCCUCAAAGCCUCCAGAAAUUUGUUCCUAUGAAUUACGCCAGCUACACCCAGGAGUACUAUCAGUUUGCAGGCAAGAAGAUUGUCAUUCAAGAAUCGAUCGAGAGUUACGGAGCGGUGGUGUGGCCAGGGGCCAUGGCUUUGUGCCAGUAUUUGGAGGAACACGCAGAGGAACUCAGUCUCCAAGGUGCUAAGACGCUCGAAAUCGGUGCUGGACCAGGCCUCGUUUCCAUCGUGGCCAGUAUUCUAGGAGCUCAAGUCACAGCAACGGAUUUGCCUGACGUCCUAGGGAACCUUCAAUACAACCUUUCAAGGAACACACUAAACCAUACAGCACAUCUGCCUGAAGUGAAAGAGCUGGUGUGGGGAGAGGGCCUGGAACAGAACUUCCCCAAGUCCACGUGUUACUAUGAUUACUUGCUGGCUUCUGACGUGGUCUACCACCAUUACUUCCUGGACAAGCUGCUCGCUACCAUGGCAUACCUUUGCCAGCCGGGAACCGUGUUGCUUUGGGCUAACAAGUUCAGGUUCACCACCGAUUAUGAAUUUUUAGAUAAAUUCAAGCAGGUUUUUGACACAACACUCCUGGCUGAAUUUCAAGAGUCAUCAAUCAAACUUUUUAAAGGAGUGCUAAAAUGGGACUAAAUUCAACAAGAUGCCUUUCGAAACAUUAGUGUGUCUUUUGAACAGUGUUAGAAAUCUUAUAAGAUUGCAAAGGUAGUGCACGGAAACAACUUGUAUAACUAGAAUAAACACAAUAUUACAGCAACUCUCCAAAGCAACCAGUUUAGGAUUACCUGCUUCAUCUAAAUAUACACAAAUAACAUGAAAACAUGAAAGUAGCUUUGUUGGCUUCCGAGAGUCUCAAUUAAGUGUUUAAUAAAUUUUACACAAAUAAAUUAACAAACAAGUGGAUUUCCCCUCGUUAUUUCUGCUGGAAAGCAUGGUCUUAAACCUGUCAAUAUACUUUUGUCACUUGCUUUUUGAAAAUGAGCUUGACAGGGUCAGUGUAUCUUAAUCUGAAGAGUCUACUUUGUACAGACUUUAACUGUAGCAAAGGGAGAGGGUAAAGAGUAAUGGAAAACAGUUCUAGGCUUUACACUGAUUAAAACUGAAAAAUACGGAAACAGUGCUGGAAUGAGAAAAUGGAUGUCAUCUCAGGGGCCCACAACUAGUGCCGAGCACACACUCUGCACCAUCCCUAGUGCUUCUUUCACAAGUUAUUUAUUUGUAUCCAGCUCUUUCCGUUGUUUUCAGUGGUGUGGUGCAGACAUUGGUCACCAUUACCUGAAGUAGGAAAACUGUCCCGACUUUUAAAAGAAUUUGAAAAAGAAUAGAUACAUGUAUAACUGAAUCACUUUGCUGUACACCUGAAACUAUCACAACACUGGCAAUCAACUCUACUCCAGUAUAUAAUAAAAAGUUAAAGAAAAAAAAAGAAUCCACUUUAUAAU